AUGAUAAAUUUAGAUAAGGCCGGAGAUAGGGCCCUUCUGAUGGAUUUCUAUCAAUUGAAAACGUUGAAUCCGAAGGACUACCAGCAUGAUUCGAUUCAAUCGACUUUUAAGGUAGACUUGUCUACAGAAGAUCUUUCGCAAAUACCCAAAGAAGUAGUCAAUCAUAUUCUGGGGGACAACAUGAACGAUCUCAAUUCUUCCCAUACAAAGGAGAGACCCGGAAGCAUAAAAAGACAUCCAUCGACGAACGCCAAGUCCAAUUAUGCAGACGCUUUGGGAUUUCACCAAAAUAUCUUGGAUGAAUUGAUUGACAAAGAUAUAGUGGACGAUACAAGAGAUCCUCAGUUGAACAGAUACAUAAUUGAUUCUAAGUUAUUCAAUCCCAAACUUUUUUUGAGCGUCAUUCACAGUGAUAAAUCCUUAAACGACUUGAUGUUGGGGAUUCAUAACCUAGAAAACGAUAUAGAGGCUAAAAAGCCAUUGUUGCAGCAAUUAAUUACGAACAAUUUUGAGAAAACGUUGAGCAGUAAAAAUUCUUUAGACAAGGUGUUCAAUGAAUUUUCAAGCAGUAACUUAGGACAAGAGAUUGAUAAUUUGAAUCAAAACUUGGCCUAUUCAAACAACUCUGCAAACCAGUUGUUGAAUCCCGUCCUUCUACUAAUCUCUAAAGAGCAAGAACUUGCCAAUGCUCUUACUUUUGUUAACCAAAAUAAAUUCUUCCUGGAUUUGCCCAAAAAACUAAAGUCCUACAUUGACGAGGAUGAUUUCGAUUCUCUUCUGAAAGAAUAUGAAAGAGGUUUUGCCCUUUUCCAAAGUUUGAAGACAUUGCAAAAUCAUAACCCGUUAUUUGAUAAAAUCUGGUCAAAUGUGGUGAAAGUGAUUAACGAUUAUAAAAUUUCAAUGACGGAUGACCUUAAAAAAAUUCAUAUAGAGUCAAUAAACAGCAACUUCAAGUUACAAGCUAAUAACUCCAGGAAGUCAAACUUUAUCAGCAUUAUCAAGAGGAUGAUUGAGUUGAAUGCAACAAGAAGUCCAAUCAAAGAUUUCAUCUCACUUCAGUAUGAUUACAUCAUGGAGGAUUUGGAUACAGGUUUGGCUAAAAUAAACUACACACGGUUAUUUAAUGCAAGAAACUCAAUCCUUAAUGCAUACCAGUCAAACCAAGACCCGGAUUCGGAAAUCCUUCUAGUGACAACAAUGAAGCGACUAUUUACCACUUUUGGGUCUUCGACAUUUAACGAUGAACAAAUCGAUAAAAUAUACGAGAAACUCGACUUUCCUCUAAUAGUACAAUUGUGGACUUUCACUUCAGAUUAUAUUAAUGAUGCGACAGAGUUAGUAAUAGGCAAAAAGAUGCUCAAGUUUGAAUCUAUUGUGGAGUAUUUUCUCACUGAUUUUGACAGUUUGUUGAGCAAGAAGGCCAAAUCGAACCCAAAUAGUUUCAAAACAAAUGAUAAAGACCUAGCUCUCUUCAAAAACUAUUUUAGUUCUAUGGUAUCCAAAAUUUGUACAAGGUUACAAUUUUUUUUCUCAUGUACCACCUCUGACCUUACCAAUGCUUUACAGCUCAGUAUGGAUCAGGGUGAUACAGCGGCACUACCACCGUCAGGAAAGCCAGACUUGAAUGAUCCUUCAACAUUUGGAUUUCUACCACCAAACACAAAUUCAAUAUCAGCUAUUUGCUUUUCGGUUAAUCUUCAUGACAUGCUAUACAAGAAACUGUCCGAAGUUCAGAACAAGGCACUUCUAUUGAAUUCAGGGGAGCUAAACUCUAUUGUUACUUCGACAAUUCUUAUUAUCAACCAAAACUUGAUACUAGGGUGUCUUUCUACGCUCAAUGCUGAUAUUCGGAAAAUCUUCUAUGCAGACAAUAUGUCACCAAGUGAUACCAUUGAUGGCGCAACUAAACUUAUUACUUUCUUACAAAAUUACUACAAGGUAUUUAUUUCAAAAUUGCAUCAAAUUCAUAUUUUUGACAAUAAAGAUUUGAUGGAAGUAAUCAAGCAACAGUUUUUGAGCUCUUUUGAUGUUCUCUUAAAUGGAAUGGUUGAAAACGUUGCAAGACAGUCAAGGAUUGAUCCUACGAGAUCCGACUACUAUUAUCUAGCCACAAUUUAUGACAUGAGAAAUUUGACUCAAAAAAUAAUUCCUUCAAUUUUAAGAUCAUUCGAUAUAAAUUUUCAGUCUAAUCUUUCCAAAGAUAAAGAUCUCAAAAUUUACAAGAGCUUUGACAGUUAUGAAUAUGCACUUUUUGCGGAGUAUAUGAAAGAGCCGUUGACUGCAAUAAAACAAUUAGUAGGCAACGGAAUCACGGAAAUCAAUUUAAAUUCAGAGGGUCUUUUAACGAGGUUAGCAUCUGGCGAAGUGAUUGAGGUAUCACCUUAUAUAUUGAAAGCUAUCAAUCAUAUCAAUAACCUCAAGUCGAGGCUACUCAAUUUUAAAAUAAGAAAUUCGUUUAUUCUAGACGUCCAGUCAAGUUUGAUUGGCCAAUUUCAAAAGAAAAUUGUCGAUAAUCUGUCAAUUGAUUUUACUGAAGAUGGACUUUACCAAAUUGUUUUAGAUAUUAAUCUAUUGCUAGUACUUUUGAAAAAGUAUAACACUCGCUGCCCCGAGAUAAAUAUUGCCGACACCAAACGGUUGGAACAGGUUUAUCAAAAGCUUAAACUCAAAGCUGACAUUUCGUCAGUCGAGAAAAAUCGUGAAGCAAAUAUCAAUUUCAACUACGCCCAGUUCGUAUGCUUUAUAACCUGUUGA